GCGUGGAUUCUGGGUGGACAUCAUAUGAUGUCCACCUGGAACGACAAAUGUCCAACACAGCUAUUAUUUGAAAAUAGGGCUGGGCAGGAAGUGGUUAAAGAGGAACUACUAUUCAUUAAAAAAAAUGACCGCAAGGGUAUUUCUUUUGUCGUACCUUUAAUUGGGCUUUAAAUUAAAGAUCACUGGUCACUAAGAUGUUAAACUGUUACAUGGCCUAUGUAAUUAGCUUACAUUGUAAGAUGAUAUCAUUGGAUAGCAUGUGUCCCCAGCCUUAGCUUACGGGCAAAGUGAAAUGCAAACACCAAAACAAUACAACAUAAACACUGUAACAAUUCUUUUAUCGGAGAAAGAAAAGAAAGUGACAGAACAUGCACCUAUGAAAAGUGGAGGGCAGUUUUUGGAAGCCCGUUCUAUGAGGUUGCCAUGUGGAAUUAGACUCUAUAGCUCUAAAAACCACAGCCUAGGUAAAUCGGCCCCACAGGACAAAAUACCAUUUGUUAAGUAUGUAUGGCACUGUGCAAACACUGGCAAGGCACCAGCACAUAUUUAUCACCACCAGCUCAAGAGCUUGCAUUUUAUAACACCACUCAUGCACAGAGAACGUGUACAAUUUUAUUGUGCAAAGGUAAACUCAAAAGAAGAAGCCCAGCAAUACUAUAUAAUUUCUAAUAAAGAGCUGCCUAUUGAUUGCCACCCUUUGUGAUGGUUUAGAAAGAGAUGUUACAAGUAGCUCAUAGUGGAACUGAAAAAGCACAGAAAUUGAACAUCCAACCAAUUAAAAAUAUGGAUGAUACAAUACCAAUGCAAAAUGAGGGGACGGAAAAUAAUACAGAGCUGGAGCCACAUAUUUUACUACUGCACAAGUUUCUUGGCAAACAGUUUGCUGAACGCUUUCUUGACCCUUCUUAUGAAGUCCCAGUAAGUCGUGUACAACCUCUACACCUUGAUACAGAAGGUUGUGGAGCAAAAGAUUACUGGAGGCUCCUGAGAGAACAUUCUGAGGCACGACUAAUGCAAGAUAUCGCCACUGACAUACCUGGAGCAUUCACAGUUAAGAACCCAGGAGUGAGCCACUUGCCACCUUCAAAACUUCUAGAUGAAAUCAGAGAUUAUAAGAGAACACUUUGGCUGAUGUCCAGAGUCUCUGAGAUUAAUCAGGAAAAAGCAAUACUUUUCAUGACCAAAUAUCCCCUACCAGAUGUGAAUGAAUGGCAGAAUACAAACUCCCCUCCUAAGUAUCUGAGUAAAGACACUUUCUUGACCAAGAAAAUAAAUCAAUUGGAGAAGUCAUUUCAUUUACCACCUCUAAAGACCACAAAUUCUAUUCAGACCAAAAAUAAACAUACAAGUACUGUCCCAAAAAUGGUUGUUGGAAAUAACUACAGAUUCUUGACAGAAGAAACUCUCCAUGGAUUUAAAGGUGGAUUUUCCCAAAAAUUUACUGACAUAGGUUUUCAAAGACAAAUGCCAAAAGGCCCUUAUCAACAGCAAACUCUUAACCAACAGUCCAUCACGCAUGCUAAUGAGAAUGAACCAUCUUGCAGCACCACAAAUGGCAGCAGAAGCCCUGCAUGGGAACCUCUAACAUACACAGCACUGACAGAUUCCAAGUCUUCUAUAACUGUGCCAGGAAGAGGCCAAUUCAGACAUGGACAGCAACCCCAGUGGCCUGUUAACAGCUCAACAAUAAACUAGCAUUCAAACUACUAGCCAAGAUAAGAAAGUGAUGAAAAUAGGGAGGGGAGAGAGAAGAAAGAAGAAGAAAGCCCACAAGCAUUAAAGUAUCUAUACCACUUGUUUGCUAGAGUGAUAGUUUAGAAUCCAUGUCAGUGUGUUGCCAUCUGUGUACCCACCCCAUGUGUCUGGUGGAGCCAUCACCGGGACUGAAGGCGUAA